AUGGGGAGACUACAUCAAUAUCUUACCACGCUAGCGAGUAUCCUAUCCGGGAUCCUAAACGUCUGGCCGUCAUAUACGCUAUCAUACUAUACCAGCCAGAACACCACACUGCUAUCAGCUCCCAUGACCAGUAUGGAGUCAUCGCUACUGGGGAGUCUGCCAGCGUUAGGCGCGCUCUUGGGAACAGCGUGUGCUGGUAUGAUCAUUGAUGGAUUUGGGCGGAAGAAGGGCGGUAUAGUGAUUGCUAUGCCAUAUUUGUUUUCAUGGCUCAUGAUCGACAUGACGUCAUCAUCGAUUGUGAUACUUGUGGCGCGAUUUGUUGCUGGGAUCGCUGCAGGUGCGAGUUCAGUUCAUGCGCCCAUAUAUAUAUCGGAAAUCGCUGAGGAAUCGAUUCGAGGCGCAUUGGGAUCAGCACCCAUAGCGUCAUAUUGCAUUGGAGCUAUGGUUUCAUACCUCAUGGGUUGGAUGUUACCAUACAGAUACAUCAUUUGGUCUGGUAUAGGCCUCUGCGUGAUUUAUAUUGGUCUACUCAUGUCUGUAAAAGAAAGCCCAGUAUUUUUGAUGAGGAAGAAUAGAGAAGAAGAAGCACGUCAAUCGAUAGCACAUUAUAGAGGUGAAGAUCUAGACUCAAAAGUUGUCAUGGAAGAACUUUCCAGACUGAAGCAACGAUUGCUGCCCGCCGUGGAGCUUGUACCUAUAAAUGAAAGCGAAGUAGAAAAGGCUGAGAAAGAGAACCUCAAUGGUGACAAUGAUGAGACAGUCGAGCACAAGAGAAUGCCGUCUUAUAAGAUGCUAUUUGUAUCAGCUUCUUCGCGACGAGCAUUUACUACUGUAGGAUUAGUAAUAUCAUUGCAAGUGAUGAUGGGUAUGGUGCCAGUACAAGUCUACGCAAAGGAUAUCUUCACGAAGGCGGCUCCGAGUCUCUCUUCCCACAUGUGUUCAGUUAUGUUUGCAUUCGUCUUAAUGGCUGGAAGCUUGAGUUGUGCGCUGUUCUCAGAUAGGUUCGGCAGGAAGCCGUUACUUCUCUCAUCUGCUAUUGGCGUCUGCCUCUGCUUGAUUACCAUGGGCGUCCUGAUGCAGACCAAUAUCGCUCCUCCCUGGGUUAGUGCAGUACUCAUUUUGAUGUACUGUUUCGCGUUUUCCUUUGGAGCUGGCAGCGUACCGUAUUUGCUUUUGAGCGAAGUUUUUGUAUCUGAGGUACAAAAUCUGGCCUCCAUGAUCCUCAUGGAGUGGGUGUGGCUUUUGAACUUCGGGAUCUUGGCCAUCUUCCCCUUCAUGGUCCAGUACUUCGGAGUCCACGGCUCCUUCUACUUCUUUGCUGUAUUCGCUGUUCUGGAUAUCAUCGUCGCUCUUGUCAUAGUGCCAGAAACCAAGGGUCUCACCAAGGAACAGAUCCAAGAGGCGUUUCUGGGAAGGCGGCAGAAAUAA